CAAAUGAAGCUCAGAGUACAAGUGGACAGUUGAAUGAACCAAUUAAGCCCCAAUGGUUGUAUGUCGUGUUACCGAUAGUAGAAUAUGCUGCUUCUUAUUGCAUAGAGUGCAAUUGUUGUAUUCCUGAUAACUGAAGGAUCAUAUUCCUCCUUAGUAUAUUAAAUAUAAUGUAAACUACGAGUUUAAAUAAAGGAAACAUCGGAAUGGUUUUUCCAUUCGUUUUUCACAAUUUAUA